AUGUUCAGCAAUCUCAAUCCCUUCUCAUCUCCCUCCACCACUACCGAAGUCACCGAACUUCGCAUCUAUCCCAUAAAGUCCUGUCGUGGUAUCUCCAUCAAAUCCUCCUCCCUCACCACUCAUGGACUCGAGUUCGAUCGACGCUGGAUGUUCGUCUCUGGUGAUGACCACAAAUUUAUUACCAUCCGCGACAUUUCUGACAUGACCUUAAUUGACACUGCCUUUACCACGGUCAAAUCUGCCUCCAAUUCCAGCGAUGAAGAUGUCAAAUACCUAGUCAUCAGCAUCAGGAAUACGGACAAGAAAGUCAUGAUCCCCGCGCGACCUACAGAACAGUGGCUGGAAGAAAACACAAACUUGGCACAAGUGGAAAUCUGGAAGUACAAGACAGAUGGAUAUUUAUACAAGGAUGAGAUAAACCAAAUCUUCAGCGAAUUCUUCAAGAAAGAUGUGAAGCUAGUAUAUAAGGGACCAACUCCGAGAAUUUUGAGGGGUAAUGGAGCACCCGAGAUACUUGGUAGAGAGGAGAGCACAAACUUUCCAGAUGUUAUGUCCGUUUUGAUCGCAAAUGAAGCUUCCCUUCAAGAGUUAAACCACAGACUAGCUGAGAAAGGCGCGGAAGAAAUUACAAUAGAAAGAUUCAGACCAAAUAUCAUUGUGAGGGGUAAAGACGCGAGUAAUAAAGAUGACACAGCACCAGCCGCAUGGACAGAGGAUGAAUGGAAAAGAGUCCGAAUAAUCAACAAGCCCAACUCUGGAUUUCUGUCCACGAUGACACUGGGCUCAAAUGGGAUAGAUAUCGAUGUACAGGCUCGCUGUGCAAGAUGUCUAGUUCCAAAUGUGAACCCAGAGACCGCGGAAAAGGAUCAGCAUGAACCUUGGGAUACCUUAGUGAGCUAUAGACGUGUAGAUGAAGGCAUCAAGUUUAAGCCGUGCUUUGGAAUGUUGAGUGUGCCUAGAUCCGAUGGACCUAUUGCUGUAGGGAUGAAAUUUGAGGUUCUGGAAACCACGGAAAAUCACAAAUAUAUGAAGUGA